GAGCACGGAAUAUUAAUUGAGCAAAGAAUUGUUCAUGCUUGAACUGACAAACUUUUGCUUCUUCCACCUACUCUCUCAUAUAAAACAGUUUCAGAUUUCUUUUCCGGUCACACACCAAAAUAUCUCAUCCAAUCGACAUGACUUCGUUGGCGAUUCUAAUUACUUUGGCAAGCAGUUUCCUGCUACAACAGGGAUGCAACGGUCAAGCAGCUGAGAGACAGUACUUUGGAAGCAGAGGAGCAAUCCAGCCCCAAACUCAGCCGCAACCCAAACCCCAGCCCGCCUCAGUUUCCGAGGACCAACAGGAAGAUCAGAAUCAGGUUAGAUCACGACUUCAGCAAGAACAGCAGAACUUCUUGGCGUUCGUUCAGCAGCAGGGUUUGUUGAGACAGACUGCGCCAGCCUAUCCUUAUGUACUUGGUGACGCAACACCUCGAUCAAGUCCCGAAUAUCAGCUGGCACAGCUGCAGUAUCAACAGCAGAUUCUGCAGCAGCAGCAGAAAGUACUGCAGCUUCAGUUACAACAGCAGCGACUGCAGACUGGGCAGCCGGACAGAGCGACUGCAGUCGCGCAGCCACAGCCGUAUCAAGCGCAGCCACUGCAGAAGUCCCCACCGGCCACUCUGUUAGGUGUCGCUUUCUCGCCGGCUACUUCAGUCGCUCACACCAGCUUCUACGGAAAUGGCAUCAACUAUCAGUAUCGCUGAACAAAAUAAAAGUAUAAAAUUAUCUUUAUUGUGAAAUGAAAAUAUCAAUUUCAAACAAUUUUGUAAAAUGAAAAUGUUGGGUGGAAAUAAAAAUAUGUUUGUAGAGAAAACUACAGUAUUUCACUUCUCUAUAA